AAACAAGACCUUGUUGUGAGACGUGUUGAAACUACUUUACCAUYAUUGAACGACAAUAUCUCUUUAUCCUAUAGUUUAGUCCGAUUCUACCUUUAAAYCCUUCGUUUCUACASGUUAAUACACAGCAAUUAUGGGKAUAUGCGACGAAACAAGGUCGCCAAUUCGCGUUCGUCGCCAUUUGUUGCGAAUUCUUGUAGCAAUUGCUGUUGGAGUGGUUGUCCUUGUAGGACUUGCAGUCAAAUUUCAUGGAACUGCUCCAUUAAGACAGCUUCACAAACGUUUUAUGAUGGGAAGCAUGACAUCUCACACAAAACACUUCCCAAGCAAGCAACAUCAUUACUCCAAAGCUGCUGUGGCCACUGAUAACGAGCAUUGCUCUAAAAUAGGUCGCGAUAUUCUUAUCAAAGGGGGUUCGGCCGUGGAUUCCGCUAUUGCAUCAAUGUUAUGUGUGGGGGUGAUCAACAUGCACUCUACAGGGAUAGGGGGCGGCGGCUUUAUGCUUGUCUACGACCCUUUUAGAAAGAAGGCAGAGAUGAUUGACUUUAGGGAGACGGCGCCUAUACAAGCCAAUAGAGACAUGUUCCAAGGCGAUGCCAAAAAUGGUAUUCAAGGUGGUUUAGCAGUUGCGGUUCCGGGUGAAUUGCGUGGAAUGGAAAAAGCUUGGAAAAUGUACGGCCGACUGAAAUGGAAGGAUCUGUUUCUACCCUCUAUUAAACUCGCAAAGGAUGGAUUCCCAAUGCCUGAAACGGUCAACAUUGCUGUUCAGCUGUGGAAGAAAACACUCAAAAAAGACAAGUGUUUUAGGAAGGCUUUCAUUCAUGAUGGCAAACUACUCAAGACUGGAGAUAUCAUCAAAAGACCAAAGCUUGCUAAAGUCCUGACAAUCAUCGCCAAUGCAGGCAGUUCAAGACCGUUUUAUGACGGYUCUCUUAGUAAAACUAUUGUAAGCGAUGUCAAACAUGCUGGAGGAAGGCUGACGUUGUCUGAUCUUAAAUCCUACAAAGUCAAGGUUAAGCCUGCUUUGAAGAGUAACUUGGGAAGCCAUACUUUGUUAACAGGACCUGCUCCUACAGCAGGACCAGUACUGGCUAUGAUCAUAAACAUGCUAUCAGGGUACCACUUCAAGCCAAGCGACCUGAARAAACACCCAGUCCGUACAUAUCACCGAAUCAUUGAAACAUUCAAGUUUGCCUACAAAUAUAGAUCAAUGCUUGGCGAUCCUGAUUAUGAAAAAACUGUAGGAACAAUUGUAAAAGAAAUGAUGAACGAAAAUAUAGCCAAGAAACUACGUCACAUGAUAUGGGACAAUCAAACUCACACUCAAAACUAUUACGGCAAACGAUACCACGUGCCUCUCAAGACUGGAACUACUCAUCUUAGCAUACUGAGUGAAGACGGUCAGGCUGUAUCUGUCACUAGUACUGUUAAUGGAUAUUUUGGUGCCAAGUUCAUGUCCUGUGGUCUCGGCUUUGUGUACAAUAAUGAAAUGGAUGACUUCAGUGCUCCAGGAAUCACCAACGAGUUCGGCCUUCUUCCGUCACCUGUCAACUUUAUCAAACCAGGUAAACGACCGCAGUCCUCUGCGGUACCAGCAAUCAUCCUGGACAAGGAUAGUCACGUGAACAUGGUCGUGGGAGGAGCUGGAGGAACCAUUAUCACCACAGCUGUAGCAAACGUUAUUAUGAACUACUUCUGGUUUAAAAACAACAUUAAAAACGCGGUGAGCAGAGCCAGAGUUCACGAUCAGCUUUACCCUGAAUCUGUGUUCGCAGAAACAUGGUUCCCUCCAGAGGUUGUUAAUGGUCUUCGUGCUUUAGGACAUAAGGUUGAUGUAAGUGAUACAAGCCAUGGUGUUGUUCAAGCCGUUGUUAAAAACCCAAUACGAUUCACAGCCAAUGAUCUUACMAAAGGGAAACGAAAAGGCUACGUUCACAGGUUCAUGUCACAGGUGUUCGCUGAGUCAGAUUACAGAAAGGGUGGAUUACCCGCAGGUUAUUGAUCCCGCGGGAUUGCUCGGGAUGCUAUCAAACUAGCUCGCUUUUCUUUUCGGGUCUCCUGUGGAAAUUAUAGUGAGUGCAGCGCGAUGGAGGAGYUAUUUUUGUCUUAUCGAUCCUUCCUCCUUUCCUUCAUUUCUCGCCUUUUUUCGUGUUUUUUAUUUUUGACCACAGGAAACUCAAAGAAAAUGAAAAGCCACCGGUUUUCUGCAAGAGUGGGUGAAUGGAGAAAGUUUCAGUAAGGACUGUGUUCGAUAUAAUUAAAGAACAAUAUAGUUUAAAGACAAGAAACGUUAGAAUUUACUAUAAAUUGAUUCAUGAUCAAAGUUAAAAGUGCUAAGCUGUUCUGAAUUUAGUUACAGAAACGACUUACUGACACUUAACCCGUAAAAUAGUUGACUACGUUAGUUGUAGACCUUAUUUUCAUGYUGUUAUUUUGCCUGUUUAUCUGUCUGUUUGUUCUUAUUUCAACAUAACACACUAACAAUGAAAUAACGUUUCGCAGGUUAAGUGUAGCAAUUUCAAUUUUAAAUCAGAAGUUUCUUUUUAUUUUAAGUUAUUGCAAGGAAUGGGAUGCUCGUUGAUAUCAUUGAAUAUGAAAUGUAUUUAUUAUUAUUAAAAAGAAAUGAAUAAAAAUAUUUUUCGAUCA